GCCAGACUCACCAUCGUAAAUUUCACAUUUUUUGUGUAGCCUUUAUUUCCUUCAUUUUCAGGGGGGUUUGCUGUCAAGACCGACCUUUCAACCAUUCAAAGUUCUCUUUUUUGUUCUCAUGUAAAAAAACCUUUCAUUUGUGUUUUGAACUUUCUCUCAAAUCAAGAUUCAAGAAUCCUUUUUGCAUCGCAGCCAUGUCUAGUUUGUUCCCCCAGAAUUCAAGUUUCUCACCUGCAAGAACUGCUUCUCCACAUAUAAGGACCAACCCAGAUGUUGAUAGUCAGUACUUGGCAGAGCUCUUAGCAGAGCACCAGAAGCUUGAACCUUUCGUGCAUGUCGUUCCCAUAUGCAGCCGACUGUUGAAUCAAGAGAUAUUAAGGGUUUCUGGCAUGAUGUCCAACCAUGGAUUUAAUGACUAUGAGAGACUGCAACGUGGAAGCCCUAAUCUAAUGGCUUCUCAAGACAUAAAGCCAAAUCUUGGAGGAACAGGUAUAGGUGGAUGGAGUGGCCAUCCACAUGAGCAUAGGUUUAGUGCACCGCAAGGGAUAAUGGACUGGCACGCAGCCCCAGGAAGUCCAAGUUCCUACAUUGUGAAGAGGAUAUUGCGCUUGGAGAUACCGGUGGACAGCUAUCCAAAUUUCAAUUUUGUUGGGCGGCUUCUAGGUCCUCGGGGCAAUUCCUUAAAACGUGUGGAAGCUUCAACAGGUUGCAGAGUAUUCAUUAGAGGAAAAGGUUCAAUAAAAGACCCUGACAAGGAGGAGAUUCUACGGGGAAGACCAGGCUAUGAGCACCUGAAUGAUCCACUGCACAUUUUAGUAGAGGCAGAAUUACCUGCCAAUAUUGUUGAUGUACGAUUGAGACAGGCACGAGAAAUUAUAGAAGAACUGCUCAAACCUGUGGACGAGUCACAGGAUAUCUAUAAAAGGCAACAGCUAAGAGAACUUGCGAUGCUGAAUUCCAAUUUCAGAGAGGAGAGCCCUCGGCCAAGCGGAAGCAUCUCUCCUUUUGGUUCCAGUGGGAUGAAGCGUGCCAAAACUGGUUGGUAGCUAUGGACCUUUUUAAAUUCUCCAGGAUGGUCUGUCUGGGUGCCCCGUUGCUGCAACUUCACACCGUACUAUACCUCUCAAUAAAUCUUUAUUCUCUAUAGCUUGAAGGAGUGAGCUAACAAAUGUGGCCGGGAAUUUUAAUGCAAGCAAGAGCCUCAUUCGACAACAUAAGCACAGGGAAGAAAGAAAAAAAAAAUUAAAAAACAUUUGUUAUAUAGCUUUGAUGGCUGUAGUUGGCUGCUGUUGCAAAAGUAGAAUAAUUAUUGCAUUUAUUUGUUAAUAACAUUGGGGAUAUAUUUAUUUUAUUCGGGUUGUGUUGGAAAAUUGUUGAUAGUGUGCAAUAUCUGGACCUUGGAGGAUUGGGUUCAGGGAGGUGUGUACUACAUUUAAUUUGUCAUUUUAUAUAUCGAAAUUGAAUUUGAGGUUGGAA